UCGCUCAGAGGGGGCAGGGUGACUCUCAGUAGGUCAACCCACUUCUCUCUCUCUCUCUCUCUCUCUCUCUCUCUCUCUCUCUCUCUCCAGCCGCUGACCAUCAGAAACCUUCACCUGAGAAUCUUCCCGGGACAAAACAUCAAGAACAGCUUUGACAUCAACCAAAGACCAGAGAAAAAACACUCCAAAGAGCUGUUUACAGCUCGGCUCCCAGCUUCCCUCCGUGUAUUUUUAGAAACCUGCUGUGAUCCCCGCUCGAAACCACGUUUGCUGUGCGCGCUUUGUGCGUCGCCCCCGUCGCGCCUUCCCAACCGUUCGGCCGGGGCCCAAAAGAGGGACCUAACGAGGAAGUCGCACGCGCGUUUCCAUGGUGACGGUGCAUUUCCCAAGGGGCCUUUGAAGGGGACUGAAGGUUAUCACUGAACAUCCGGGCAAACUCAAAGCCCAAGUCACCGACGCCCACGUGGUUCUAAUUCUGUGGAUUCCCGUGCUGAGGAGGAGGCGGCGGUGGCGGCGGCGGCAGCAGUUGGCGUCCUCGGGCCCUCAAAGAUCAGCUCAGCGCCGGCGGCAACAGCAAUGAGCAGUAAGAACAGCGGCGGAGGGGCGGGUCCACCGGCUCGGACCAAUCAGAAGACGUUUUUGGACGACGUCAUUUUGACCUUCACCUCCCCGAUGGCCUGGCUGCUGGUCGUGGCUCUGGUCAUCACGUGGUCGGGAGUCGCCAUCGUCCUCUUUGAUCUACUCGACCCCAAAACUCUGACAGAGUACACCUCAUACUGUGACGACCCCGUGUGUUUAUCCUCUGGAGGGAGGGACUACGGCGCAAGGACAGGAGGUCUCCCUCCUCCCUCUGCCGCCGCACAGAGAGGUUUGAAGGCAAGAGGUGGUUUUCGUCCAGUAAAAUCAAGCCCCGCUGGGCUGCCCGUUGAGGUCACGUCUCAGGAGAGCGCCGAUUGGUUGGAGAUGAUGUGGACUUUUGCAGCCAGUAUGGUGGCUCCUGAUGAUGAGGAUGAGGAAGGUAUUCACCAGCUAACUGAACCCCUCACAUCUUUCCACUCCGAGGAGCUGUGAGCAGGAGGAGCUGUGAGCAGGAGGAGCUGUGAGCAGGAGGAGCUGUGAGCAGGAGGAUGCUAACGGUGGGGAAGAGGAGGUCUGACUGAAGCGGAGGAGAGGAUGCAAAGAUACAGAAAGAGGAGGAUGAAAGGGUGUUGUGUAUUUUUGACUGUCUGUAAACUGGAAUUUGAUGAUUGAAAACUGAAAACAAUUAACCGUAAAAUAGUGUAAUAAAAAAAGCCAUCAUCUUCUCAGCGGA